GGACUGCUUUACCUGCACCCUCAAAAUUUGAUUUAUCCAGAAAUGAGGGAGAGACAUUGAAAACUCUUGUCUUCUUUUAACUCAGAUUUCCAAUCCAGAUGACUUGAUAUCCUAUGGUUGAAGAAGGCUACAAGUUUGAAGUCUAAUGUCCGAUAUAUUUGAAAUAGUUUUAUUUUGUGGGGGAAAGGGCUACUAUUAAGUAUAGUACAGUGGCAAGAGUGCUGGGUUUAGUCAGAGGACCUGGAUUUGAUUCCUGGCUUUACCACAUACUAACUGUAUGGCCUUGGUUUUAGGUUUUGAUAAUGAGUUCGAUGGCUCAAGCAUCCUUGCCAGACCCAGCAUUCUUCUGAUGAAGUUAUGUUGUGAGACUCAGAGAAAAGUUGAUGAAGUACAUUUUGUUGAAAAAUAAUCUUCCCUAAUCUUGUCUGGUUUGAAAUAUUGCCUAAUGGUGAGACUUACUACUGGAGAUAGCAUUGGGUCUGCUUGAAAUGAAAGUACUCCUUUAGUCAAUGAAAGUACUCAUAGUCGGUGGUAAGCUGAAGAACAGACUGAGGGGGUACUCUAAGGUAAGCUUCUAGAGUUUUUCAUUGUUUGUUUUUAAUUCACAGAUGUCUUAACAGAAUUAAAACUGCUCAGGUGGACUCUGCUUCUUCCAUACAAGUGUACUUGAUCCAUUUUUCUCGUGGGUGUAGGAAGGCAGGCCAUUGGAGGCUCUCAGUGGAGAGAAAGAAAUCUCAGUUUAAGGGUUCCGAGCCACGAGACAGCUGGCUAUAGCAGAUCCAUCAUGCAGAACCGACAAGGGUAUUGUAACUGUUGCCAUGUGCACUAUAUUAAUCUUGAGCAGCAUAUAAUCAGCCCCCAACACAGAUACUUUGCUACAUACUGUAGGUAUCGGCUGGGUACCAAUAGCCUUUUGGAUCGUUUUCUUCAUGAUGUCAUGCAGUAUCACCCACAUCAUUAUUAUGAUAACAGACCAACAUAUGAUGACAUACCACUUCUCAGCCGUCCAUCACUUCCCAAGGAUGCUCAAUUGGAUAUUGAUCAGGUUCCAGAAAAGAGGGCUGAGAAGGAAACUCUUGGUGACAGAGAAGAUUCGUCUAUGAAGGACUUGAAAUCCACUGAAGAUUCAUGUUCUUCUUGUAAAUCCCAGAAGGAUAUGGAGGAGGUUUCUCUUCGACAUUCAGUUAUCCAGACAAGAGUAAAUGAAGAGCAGCUGUCUACAGAAGACUCUCAGGAGGAGACCAUGUGCGUCGAUAACAACAUGCAAAAGCACACUCCUGACGAAAACAUUCAAACUACAAGUAGUAGCCAUAAAAUACAUUUUACACCAGUGAUUACAGAGCUCCCCAGUUCUGUAAAUUCUUUACCUCGAGAUCCUGUUGUUAGUCCGGUUAUGACUGAAUGUGCCAGUUUAUCAUCCCCAGAAACUCAUUCGGUUUCAGUAAUCAAAUGUACCCCAAACAGGAGCGAUACGUGCAAUCAGGAUGUACAGUUGGACAAAAGUUCUAACUCUUUUGAGUCAUCACUCCAGUUAGGAACCUCUUCAGUUUUACGUCAGAGCCCUAAAGUUGGACAAGGGAACUCUUUCGAUAUGACCUCAGGUAAAUCAUUUUUGCAACGAGAUGGUUUACAAUCUCAGGGUAAAACUUGGGAGGUUGACUUUCAACUCAGGAAACCUAUGGGUACUGGUGGCUCACUAAAAUUUGAUUCAGGCCCCAAAGUAGGAGAAAAUGUAGAAACAAAAUUGAGCAGUGUGAGUAUGGGUACUGGUGGCUCACAAAACUUUAAGUCUAUCAUCAAAUUUGCAAAAAGCUCAGCCACAAAGUUGAGCAGUAUUGGUGUUGAAACUGGUGGCUCAUUAAAGAUUGAUUCAACCCCUAAAGUAGGAGAAAACUCAAAAACGAAGUUUAGUAAUAUUGAUGUGGUUACUGGUAGCUCAUUAAGCCAUAAUUCAACCCCUAUAUUAGAAGAAAAUUCUAAAAAAAAGGUGAGCAACAUUGCUAUGGGAACUGGUGGCUUACUAAAUACUGAUUUCACUCCCAAAUUAGAAAAAAAAUCACACAAAAAAUUCAGAAAUACUAGUAUGGGCAUUAGGGGCUCUCUAAAGCUUGAUUUAACCCCUAAAGUAGGAGAAAACUCUAAAACAGAGUUAAGUAAUACGAGUCUGACUACUGGUAACUCACUUGAGGCAACCCCAAAACCAGGAAAAAACUCAGAAACAGAAUUGACUAGUAUGGAUAUAAAUAUUGAAGAUUCAAGAAAUUUUAAGUCAAUCAUCAGAUUUGGAAAAAACUCAGAACCAAAGUUGAGCAUUGUUGGUAUGGGAACUAGUAGCUCACUAAAUUUUGAGGCAACUCCCCAAAUAGGAGAAACCUCCCAAAUUAAUUUAAGCAAUAUUGGUUUGGAUAGUGGUGGCUCACUAAACCUUCACUCAACUCCUCUACUAGGAGAAAUCUCAAAAACAAAAUUGAGCAGUAUUGGUAUGAGUACCAGUGGCUCACAAAACAUUGAGUCAACUCCCAAAGUAGGAGAAAAUCCAGACACACAAUUGAGCAAUAUAGGUAUAGGUACUGGUGACUCACAAAAGUUUAGAUCAAUCUUUAGAUUUGGAAAAGGCUUAGAAACAAAAUUGAGCAGUAUUGAUAAGGAAAGUGAUGGCUCACUAAAUUUUGAGUUAAUCCCUCACUUAGGAGAAAAUUCAAAAACAAAGUUAAGUAGUAUUGAAAAACAUAAGACUGAGUCACUAAACUUUGAGCCAGCCUCAAAAUUGGGAAAAAAUACAGAAACAGAGUUGAGGGAUAUAGGCACAGGUACUGGUAGCUCACAAAACUUUAAGUCAAUCAUCAGAUUUGGACAGAAUUCAGGAACAAAACUGGGCCAUACAGGUAUGGAAACUGGUGGCUCAGUAAACUUUGAGUCAAAUUACCAAUUAAGAGAAAACUCAGAAACAGAGUUAGGCAGUAUUGGUAUGGAGACUGGUGGCUCACUUAACUUUGAGCCAUCCCUCAAUCUAGGAAAAAAAUUAGAAAUGAAAUUCAGCAGUAUGGGUACUGGUGGCUCAGAAGAUGUUGAGGUAACUCCCAAAAUAGGAGAAAACUCAAAACCAAAGAUGAGCUUUAUUGAUGUAGGAACUGGUGACCCACUAAACUUUGAAAUAGCCACCAAGCUGGGAGGAAAUUCAGAAAGAAAGUUAUGCAGUAUGAGUACUGGUAGCUCACAAAAUUUUAAGUCAAUAAUCAAAUUUGGCCAAAACUCAGAAACAAAAUUGAGCAGUAUGGGUAUGGACACUGGUACCUCGGGAAACUUUAGAUCAAUCAUCAGAUAUGGAGAAAGCUCAGAAACAAAAUUGAAAAGCAUUCAUAUGGGAACUGGUGGCUCACAAAACUUUGAGUCAACUUCCAAAUUAAGAGAAAACUCAAAAACAAAACUGAGCAAUACUGGUAUAGAUACUAGUGGUUCAAGAAACAUUGAAUCAAUCCCCAAAUUUGGAGAAAGCUCAGAAGCAACGUUGAGCAGUACAGGUAUGGUUGGCUCACACAACUUUGAAUCAAUCAUUAAAUUUGGAGUAAGUUCAGAAACAAGGUUGAGCAGGAUAGGUAUGGGUGUUGGUGGCAUACCAAACAUUGAGGCAACUCCCAAAUUAAGAGAAGAUUCGGAGACAAAAUUGACUAGCAUGUGUUUAGGUACUGGCGGCUCACCAGACUUUGAGUCAUUUCCCAAAUUAGGAGAAGGGUCAGAAACAAAGUUGAACAGUAUAGAAAUGGGUAUUUGUGGUUCACCAAACAUUGAGGCAACUUCCAAAUUAAGGGAAAACUCAGAAACAAAAUUGAGCAGUGUUAAUUUGGGUGCUGGUGGCUCACAAAACCUUCAGUCGAUCAUUAGAUUUGGAGAAAGCCCCAAAACAAAAUUAAGCAAUAUUAGUAUGGGUACUAGUGGCUCACUAAACUUUGGUUCAACCCUUCAAUUAGAAGAAAAGUCAGAAAUAAAGUCGAGCAGCACUUCUAUGGGUAGUGACUUCUCAAGAAACUUAAAGACAGUUCCCAAAUUAAGAAAAGACUCUAAAACAAAAUUGAGCAGUAUUAGUAAGGAUUCUGGUGGUUCACCAAACUCUGAAUCAUCCCUCAAACUAGGAGAAAGUUCAGAAAUAAAUUUUAGCAGUGUGGGCAUGGACCCUAGUGGCUUAUUAAAUUUUGAAUCAGUCAUCAGACUAGGAGAAAGCUCAGAAAGAAAGUUGACCUGUAUGAAUAUGGGCACUGAUAGUUCACUGAAAUUGGAGUCAACCCCUAAAUUAGGAACAAAUUCAGAAGCAAAGUUGAGUAGUACCAGUAUCGGGACUGUUGGCCCACAAAAAUUUGAGUCGGUCAUCAGAUUAGGAGGUAGUUCAGAAACAGAGUUGAACACUUUUCAUAAAAGUACUGGUGGCUCUCUAAAAGCCAGAUCAGUCAUCAGAUCAGGACAAAGCUCAGAAACAAAGUUGGGCAGUAUUGAUAACAGUACUGUUGGCUUGCUAAAGGCUGAGUCAGUCAUCAAAUUAGGACAAAGCUCAGAAACAAAGCCGAGUAGGAUGCUUGUGGCCACUGGUAGCUCGUUAAACUUUGAGGCAACCCCCAGACUGGUAGAAAAAUCAGAAACAAAUUUGAGCAGUUUGGGUAUGGACACUGGAAAAGUGCAGUCAGUCAUCAAAUUAGGAGAAAGCUUAGAAACAAAGUUGAACAAUACGAGUAUGGAAACUGGUAGCUCACUGAAAAUUGAGUCCACUCCCAAAUUAGGAGAAAACCCAGAAACAAGGUUAAUAAGUACAAGUAUGAGUACUGAGUCAACCUCCAAACUAGGAGAAAACUCAAAAACAAAGUUAUUCGGCACGGGUGUAGAUAUUAGUGGCCCACUAAACUUUGAGUCAGCUCUCACACUAGGAAAAAAGUCAGAAACCGGGUUGAUAAGUAUGGGUAUGGGCACUGGUAGCUCACUAAACUUUGAGUCAACUCCCAAACCAGAAGCAAAUUCAGGAACAAAGUUAACCAGUAUGGUUAUAGGGACUGGUAGCUCACUUAACUUUGAGUCUUCACCUAAACUAGGAAAAAACUUAGAAAAUACGUGGAGUUGUAUGGGUUUGGGUGCUGGUGGCUCAUUAAAAUUUAAGUUAGCUCCAAAGUUAGGAGUAAAUGCAGAAACAAAAUUUGUUAGUAAGGGUAUGGAGACUGGUAAUUCAUUCAACUUUCUGUCAGCUCCCAAAUUAGGAAAAAACUCAGAUACUAAGUUGAGAGGCAUGGGUAUGAGUACUGCUGAGUCACUAAAACCUGAGUCAACCUCUAAACUAGGAGCAAAAUCAGAGACAAAAUUGUGCCAUAUCAGUAUGCGGACUGGUCGCUCAGUGAAAUUUCAGUCAGCUCCCAAAAGAGGAGAAAACUCAGAGUCAAUGUGGAUCAGUAUGGGGUUGGGGACAAGUGGCUCUGUAAAUUUAGAAUCAACUCCCAGCCUAGAAGAAAAUCUAGAAACAAUGUUGAGCCGUAUGUGUAUGGGAGCUGGUGGCUCUCUGCACAUAGAGUCAGCUCCCAGAUUAGGAACAAACUCAGAAGUAAGUUUUACCAGUUUUGGUAUGGGGACUGGUGGCUCAAGAAUGCUUGAGUCAAGUCCGAAAUUAAAGGCAGAGUCAGGGACAAAAUUGAGUCAUGUGGGAAUGGGCCACUCACUAAAAGUUGAGUCAACUCCCAGACUUGGAGAAAAUUCAGAGAUAAAAUUGAUCAGUAUGGAUAUGGGGACUUUUCACUCAGUAAAUUUCAAGUCAACUCCCAAAUUAGGAGGAAACUCAAAAACAAAAUUGAUUAGUGUGGGUGUGCAGACUUUUGGCCCUGUAAACUUUGAGUCUGCUCCCAAAUUAGGAGGAAACUUAGAAACGAUGUUCAGCCAUAUGGAUGUGGGAACACACGGCUCCAUAAACUUUGAGUCCACUUCCAACCUAGGAGCCAACUUAGAAACAAGAUUUUUCAGUAUGGAUAUGGGGACUGAUGACUCAGGAAACUCCAAAUCAACUCCAAAAUUAGGAGAAAACUCAAAGACAAAGCUCAUCCGUAUGGGCAUGUGGACUGGUAGCUCACUAAACUUUGAGUCAGCUCCCCACGUAGGAAGAAAUUCUGAAACAAGAUUAUUCAGUAUGAAUAUGGGGACUGGUGGCUCGGAAAAGUUGGGAUCAACUUCAAAAUUAGGAGAAAACUCAAAAGCAAAGCUGAUCCGUAUGGGUAUGUGGACUAGUGGUUCCCUUAACUUUUCAUCUACUCCCAAACUGGGAGCACACUCAGGAACAAAGUUUUCCGGCAUUAGUAUGGGGACUGGUGGUUUGAUAAACUUAAAGUCAACGCCCAAAUUAAGAACAAACUCUGAAACAAAGUUUACUAGUUUUGGUGUUGGGGCUGGUGGCUCACUAAAGUUUGAGACUGCUCCCAACGUAGAAGACAACUCAGAAAAGAAGUUUACCAGUGUUGGUGUAGGGACUGGUAGUUCAUUAAAAUUUGAGUUGGCCCACAAAUUAAAAGCAAGGUCAGGAUUAAAAGUAAGCCGUGCAGGUAUGGGGGUUUGUCGAUCAAUUAAGUUUACUGCCGCUCCCAAACUAGGAGAAAACUCAGAAACGAUGAUGACCAGUGUUGGUACGCAGUGUAGUGGCUCAUUCAACUUUGAGUCAGUUCUCAAAGGGACCGGUGACUCAGUAAGCUUUCAGUCAACUCCCAAACUAGGAGGAAAUUCAGAAGCAAGGUGGAUCGAUGUGGGGAUAGGAACUGGUGAUUCCCCAGACUUGAAGUCCACUCCCAAAGUAGAGGAAAGCUUAGAAACAAAGUUAGUAAGUAUGGAUUUGGGGACUAGUGGCUCAGUAAACUAUUUGUCCACUUCAAAACUAAGAGAAAACUCAGAAACAAAGUUGACUAGCAUUGGUGUGGGUACUAGUGACUCAGUAAACUUUGAGUCAACUACCAAAGUAGGAAAACAUUUAGAAACUAGUGUGAGUUCUUUUGUAAUGGGAACCCAUAGCUCUUCAAACUUUGAAUCAAGUCCCAUACUCAGAACAAACUCAAAAUCGGCAUUGACUAGUGUGGGUUUGGGGACUGGUAGCUCACUAAAUUUUGAAACUCCUCCCAAACAAGGAGAAAACUCAGAACAAAAGUUCAUUGUUACUAGUGUGGGAACUAGUAGCCCACUAACUGUUGAACUACCUCCCAACCAAGGAGAAAAUUCAGAAACAAGGUUUAUUGAUAUGGAUGUGGGAACUAAAGACUCAGUUGAGUCAACUCCCAAAGUAGGAGAAGAUUCAGAAACAGAGUUGAUGAGCAUGAGUUUGGAGACUGGUAGCUCAGUGAACUUUGAGUCAACUCCUAAACUAGGAGAAAACUCACAGAGAAGGUUUGUCAUUAUGGAUGUAGGGACUAGUGGCCCACUAAAUGUUGAUUCACCUCCCAGAUUAGGAGAAAAUGCAGAAACAAGGUUAAUCCAUGUGGGUAUAGGGCUUGGUGGCUUACCAAAUUUUGAGUCAACUCCUAGGGUAGGAGAAAGUUCAGACACAAAGUCGAUGAGUAUGGGUUUGGGGUCUGGUAGCUCAGUAAACUUGGAGUCAGCUUCCAAAGUAGGAAACAACUUAGGAGCUAUGUUAGGCUGUAUUGUUACAGCAACCAGGAGCUCACCAAAUCUUGAGGCAACUCCCAUACCUAAAACAGACUCAGAAGCAGUGUUGACUGAUGUUGGAGUGGAAACUGGUAGUUCACUUGAUUUUGAAUCAACCCAGAGACUGGGAGAAAAUUCACAAAGAAGAUUGGUUAUUACGGGUUUGGGGAAUAGUGGCCAACUAAACAUUGAUUCAUCUCCCAGAUUAGAAGAAAAUUCAGAAACAAGUUUAAUCAAUGUGGGUAUAGGAACUGGUGGCUCAAACUUUGAGUUAGCUCCCAAAAUAGAGGAAAGCUCAGAAACAGAGUUCAUCAGUAUGGAUUUGGGUACUAGUGGCUCAGUAAACUUUGAGUCAAAUCCCAAAUUAAGAGAAAACUCGGAAACAGACUUGAUCAGUAUGAAUUUGGGGACUGAUAGCUCACCAAACUUUGAAUCAGCUCCUAAAUUAGGAGAAAACUCAAAAAUAAAGUUGAUCAGUAUGUGUUUGGGGAAUGGUAGCUCAGUAAUCUUGGAGUCAAAUGCCAAAUUGGAAGAAGACUCAGAAACAAAGUUGGUCAGUAUAAGUUUGAGGACUGGUAGCCCAGUAGACUUUGAGUCAAUUCGCAAAGUAGGAAAAAGUCUAGAAAUGAUAUUGAAUUCAUCAAACUUUGAGGCACCUAGAGCGGACUCAAAAACAUCGUUGACUGAUACUGGAGCAUGUAGCUCAGUAAACUUUGAGUCAACUCCCAAAGUAGGAAAAAACUUAGAAACUGUGUUCAGCUGUGUUGUUACAGCAACUAGAAGCUCACCAAAUAUUGAACCAAGUCCCAUAUCUAGAGCAGAAUCAGAAACGUUGACUGAAAUUGGAAUGGAGCCUGGUAGCUCACUAAAUUUUGAGUCAAUUCUUAACCAAGGAGAAAAUUCAGAACCAAAGUUAAUCAGUGUGGGUGUAGGAACUGAUGGCUUUCCAAACUUUAAGUUAUCUCCCAAAGUAGAAGAAACAGAGUUUAUCAGCAUGAAUUUUGGGACUGGUAGCCCAGUAAACUUUGAGUCAGUGCCCAAAGUAGAAAAAAACUUAGAAAUUGCAUUGAAAUCACCAAAACCUGAGCCGAGUCCCAUACCUAAAGCAGACUCAGAAACAUUGUUGACUGAAAUUGGAAUGGAGACUGAUAGCUCACUAAAUUUUGAGUCAGUUCUUAACAAAGGAGAAAAUUCAGAACCAGGGUUAAUCAGCGUGGGUGUAGGAGCUGAUGGCUUACCCAACUUUAAGUUAUCUCCAAAAGUAGAGGAAACAGAGUUGGUCAGUAUGGAUUUGGGGACUGAUAGCUCAGUAAUCUUUGAGUCAAAUCCCCAAUUAGAAAAAUACUCAGAAACAAAGUUAUUCAGUGUGGGUUUGAGGACUGGUAGCCCGGUAAACUUUGACUUAGUUCCCAAAAUAGAAAAAAACUUAGAAAUUAUGUUGAAAUCACCAAAACCUGAGCCAAGUCCCAAACUUAAAGCAGAUUCAGAAACAGUGUUUACUGAUACUAGAAUGGGAACUGACAGCUCACUAAACUUUGAGUCAGUUCUGAACAAAGGAGAAAAUUCAGAACCGGGGUUAAUCAGUGUGGGUGUAGGAACCGAUGGCUUACCAAACUUUAAGUUAUCUCCCAAAGUAGAGGAAACAGAGUUGGUCAGUAUGGAUUUGGGGACUGGUAGCUCAGUAAACUUUGAGUCAGUGCCCAAAGUAGAAAAAAACUUAGAAACUAUAUUGAAAUCACCAAAACUUGAGCCAAGUCCCAUACUUAGAGCAGAUUCAGAGACCGAUACUGGAAUGGGAACUGGUAGCUCACUAAAUUUUGAGUCAGUUCACAACAAAGGACAAAAUUCAGAACUAGGGUUAAUCAAUGUGGGUGUAGGAACUGAUGGCUUACCAAACUUCAAGUUAUCUCCAAAAGUAGAAGAAACAGAGUUGGUCUGUGCGAAUUUGGGGACUGGUGGCUCAGUAAUCUUUGAGUCAAAUCUCCAAUUAGAAAAAGACUCAGAAACGAAGUUGGUCAAUGUAGAUUUGAGGACUGGUAACCCAGUAAACUUUGGGUCAGUGCCCAAAGUAGAAAAAAACUUAGAAACUAUGUUGAAAUCACCAAAAUCUGAGCCAAAUCCCAUGCCUAGAGGAGAUUCAGAAACACUGUUGACUGAUAUUGGAGUGGGUACUUGUAGCUCACUAAACUUUGAGUCAACCCCCAAACAAGAAGAAAAUUCAGAAUCAGGGUUAAUCAAUAUGGGUAUGGGGAUUGAUGGCUCAUUAAACUUUGAACCCACUUCUAAUCUAGAAGAAAAUACAGAAAGAAGUUUGAUCAAUAUGGAUAUAGGAAUUGAUGACUUGUUAAACUUUCAGUCAAUGUCCAAUGUAGGAGAAAAUUCAGAAACAGAGUUUGUCAGUAAGGGUAUGGGAGCUGGUGGUUCAUUCAACUUUGAAUCACCUCCCAGAUUUGGAGAAAACUUAGAGAAUCUGAUAAGCUAUAUUGUUAUGGGGACUAGUGACUCAAUAAACUGUAGGUCACCUUCCAGACUUGGAGCCAGCUUGGAAACAAAUUUGACUAAUAUAGGUAUGGAGAUUGGUGGCUCAUCAAACUUUGAGUCUGUUCCUAAGCUAGGAGAAAACUCGGAAACAGAGUUGACCAGUAUGGAUAUAGGGACUGAUGGCUCACUAAACUUUGAGUCGACUGACAUUUUAGGAGAAAAUUCAGAAACACUGUUGGCUAUAAUGGAUAUGGCGAGUGAUUUACUGAACUUUGAGUCAUCUCCAAAAUUAGAGGAAAAUUCAGAAGCCUUGUUGGCUAGUAUUAAUAUAGGGGAUGAUGACUUACUAAACUUGGAAUCAGCUGCUACAUUAGGAGAAGACUCAGAAACAUUGUUGUCCCUUAUGGAUAUAGGGAAUGAUGGCUCAUUUAACUUUGAGUCAGUUGCCAAAUUAGGAGAAAAUUUAGAAACAAACUUGACUAAAAUGGAUAUGGGGACUGAUGGCUCACCAAAGUUUAAGUCAACUACCAAAUUAGAAGAACAUUCAGAAAUAGCAUUGAUCUGUAUGGAUUUGGGUGCUGAUAAGCUACUAAUUGAGUCAACUCCCAAACUAGGAGAAAAGUCAGAAACAAAGUUGGGCAGUGUGGGUAUGGGGACUGUUGGCUCACUAACCUCUGAGUCAAUUCCCAAACGAGGAGAAAAUUCAGAAACCAUGGUGAGCAAUAUAGGUAUGGGGACUAGUGACUCAUUAAACUGUGAGUCAAUUCCCAAACUAAGGGAAAUCUCAGAAACAGUGGUGAGCAGUGUGGGUAUGGGUACUGUUGGCUCACUGAAUUUUGAUUCAACUCCCAAAGUAGGAGAAAACUUAGAAACAAAAUUGAGCAUUAUGUGUAUGGGUACUGGUGGCUCACUAAACUUUGAGUCCACCCCCACAUUAGGAGAAAACUCAGAAACAAAGUUGAGCAGUAUUGGUACAGUUCCUGGUAACGAAGUCGUUGAAGACGUCAUUCUGCCCAAUAUACAGUCCAGCCAAGAGGAGGAGAGUUCCUUUUUUAAUAUAUCUGCCAUUUUGGAUCAUGAAAGUACAACAGAUUCUGAAAUGAGUUUUGAUUGUGAUGCCCCAUUUCAACCAGUAUCUGACCAGCAUACAUUAGCUGUGAAAGAAAUAGAUCUUCUGACAGAGGUGCAUGUUGACCUGGAAGAUGAGAACUAUCAAUCUCGCUUGAGCUCUGUCCUCAAAGUUGAUUCCACAGAGGACACACAACAAGCAAAUGUGAAUAUAGUGGAACCCUGUGAUGAGCCAGUGCUUCCUGCACUUCCUCAUGUGCCUCCUUCUUUUGUGGGAAAAACAUGGACUCAAAUAAUGUAUGAAGAUGACUUAAAAAUUGAAGCUAUGGUGCGUGAAUUCCGGGAAGGUCGGAAUUUCCGUUGUUACUUUAAUGAUGAGCCCGAGACUAAGAAAACAAGCAAAAAUAAGCAGAAAAGUGGGAAGUCAGCUAAUGCACUGCCAGAAAUUAAUGAUACUGCAAGCGUUUGUAGUUUUGGCAACUUUUCUGAGGCCUCAGAUACGCUAUGCAAUGCUCCACCAGCUAAGAGGCCUAAGAAGCGAACGUGGCGCAUGGCCUCUCGAUGCCAAGUUGUUAAAGUCAGCCAUGGGACUCAGACAAGUGCGAUAGACUAUACAGCAUUUGGAAGACACAUGUUUACUGAGCAAGAGCUAUUGGACAAUGAGACAGGUAUUUGGUUGGAGAACGAUAGGACGCCAAACACAAGUACCAGAUUUUGUACACUUAAACUCCCUGAAUCAUAUACCAAAAUUUUGAGUCCUGUGCAGCCUGAGACAGUAGUUUAUGUUCUUUCUUGCCCAGAGACUAAUCAGAAUAAAGCAAUUCUUGAUGAACUCAAAAUGAAAAGAAGCCACAAUUCCAUAGAUAAUGAUUCUAUAAAAUAUAAAUACAAACGAUGUUCUUUUAAAUAUUAUGAUUCAGUGACUAAUCGAGUCCUGAAAACAAUUCCUACUGACUUAUUAGGAGAAAAGGAUAAAAAACCUGCCCAUGUGAGACAGCUGUUUCGAAGUCUCAACCUAAAUGUCAAGUUGAACAAAGGUGUUGCUUCUCAGAAAGAAUGUUUACCAGCUAGCCAGUCUUCUAAUUUGUUAGACUUUGAUAGCUCUGCUUCAGAUCCAGAUAAAGGAGAUGAUUUAACAUCAAGCCAAAAGUUGGAUGGAUCUUCCCUUUCCUCAGCUGAAGGAGAUGAUUUAACAUCAAGUCAAAAGCUGGAUGGACCUUCCCUUUCUUCAGAGGAUUGUGAAGUUUCGGUUGAUAGCCCUGAAGAUGCGUCUUAUCAGCAGUCAGCAGUCUCACCUGUAAAAACUACGCAUGUUCCCAUAGAAAGUUAUUCCAGAUCAGCUUUAUAUAAGCACAGGGUUGCCAAAACACCUGUAAAGUCAAUCAGAAGUGACCUACUAGUGAAGAAGAAUCCAAAGAAAAUCUGGAAAAGGAAGGAGGCAAGUAGUAAGAACACAGGUUUUUCCAAAAAGGCUUGUGGACCUAUGGUCCUCCAUCACGGAAUUGCUAGAAUAAGAAUUAAAAAUACUUCGGGGAGACAAAUACCCUGGGUUAGGAGCAGAAAGAAUGAGAUGAUAAGAAAAUAUAUAUCACCUUUGCUCUCUAAAUAUUCUGCCGUUUUGGGUUGUGGACAUCUAGCUAGAAAAACUAUUGUGGGAAAGUACCUGAGGACGCAAAAACUUGAUUUUAAAAUGCUAAAGAAGAGGAAAAGACCCAGGAAAAUGUUCUUGAACUCCACAGUCACAUCAGGUGCUACUGAAAUGCCAGAGGGAGCCUCAGCAGAGUCUAUUCUGGAACAGUCAGAGUGGACUUCUUCCAAAGUUACCAGGUGGGAGGUGAGUGAUGAUCAGAGACUACUUAGCACAGAAAACCAGCCUUCUAGAACUGCUACACUACCUGCUUUAUCUUGUCCUACUGGGACACCAUUAUUUAACACAGAAACUCUUUCCUUGCCAACAACCAGUGGCAAGUUGAACGAGAAAAUGAACUGAAGUUUUUUGUGCUGUCUAGUUGAGGAUUCAAAAUCCUCAGCUAAAUUAUAUAUUUUAAAUUAAUAAGCUAAUAACUCAGUUCACAUGGCUGGGAUAUGGGCACAGUACACAUUGCACUGUUUUGCUAUAAAUGUUUUUUCAGAAGUUUUGUAUUUGUUUGAAUUUAGCACUUAGGGCCUUAUUUUUAGACUUAAAUGCACUUGUUGUCCACCCCUUUCUGCAGAAAAACUGUGAUCUUGUAUAAUAUUAUAAUUUAGUAUAAAAUAUUAAAAUUGGCCCCCAGUUUGAUGCUGUCCCUCUCAGUCUUUGUGAUUGUACCUCCCGUAUCCUCAGAUCGUAAUAAAUUGUCAAAAUGACACCCAGGAAAUAGAGUAAAACAAAUGCUGUCAUAUUUUUAAUGACAAAUUGGUGGUUGUACGCACAUAUGAUAUAUGUGUUUUAGGACUGCUUUGGGAGCAGUGUCAGUACAGUUUGAGACUAGCAAAUGAAAAUGAAGUAUAGUUCAAUCAUAAGACUGGAAGGGACCAUGAGAUGUCCAAUAGUGUAUCCCCUGCCUUGUUGGUAGAAUCUCAACUAAAGUAUUAGGCAAAUGAAAAUUAACCUUGUUUUUGAAGACAUGUACGGAAAGAAGUCCCAAAAUCUCCCAGUUAACAAAAAAUUGUCAAGCAGUUCUUUCAGCCAUAGAAUAUGAAAUCCCUCAUGCCCUAAUUUCAUUCAUUUGGACCAAAUAAAAACAAAACAAAACAAAAAAAAAAGCCCAAAUCCUUGUGAUUUUACAAUUAGUGACACUUUAGGUUUGUGGGUGGGAGGAAAAUCCCUUCCCCCUGCCCCCCAAGUUUCUUUAUUCUUGCUUCUGCUUCUUUGCUUUUUUUUUUUUCCUGCACAUUGAAAAUUUAUUGUUUUAAAUCUUAAACCCACAGAGAGCAUGUAAUUAAAAUGUGAAGAUACAGGCUAUCUUAUGACCUUAUAUUGUCCAAAAAUAGAGAUAGGGGUAGAGACUUGAGUUCAUUGAUACCGGGAACUCCAUGAUGAGGAAACUCCUAGCAGUGCAGGUUGGUACCUCAUCUAUAAAAGUCUUAGAGAGAGCUACCUAGAGCACUAAAAGGUUAAGUCAUUUACCCAAGCUUACAUGGCCAAUAUGUAUCUGAAGUGGAACUUGAUUCCAGGUUUUCCUUGUGCUGAGACCACCUCUUUAUCACCUAUAACACAUCACCUCUCAUAUUUCAACAAUAUAUGAUGAAAAAGCCUAUUCAGUUUUUUUGAGCUCUAAUCAAAUUUUAUUGUUUAUAUAAGAAGGUACUAAAUGAUUUAAUUAUUCAGAUUAAAAAAAACCUUGCUAUUUCAAAAGAUCUAACACUAGUUAGCAUGCUGAUAUUAAAUGCUAAAGCCUAUUUUAUAAACACUCACCUACAUUCUUUCAUCAUUGGUAUUCCUUAAAAUUGUUAGCGGAUUCCAGUGAGUCUACAGACAAGGAAAAAGAAAUGUAAUGUUUAUAGUUUGUGAUAAUUACACUGACUUAAAAUAGUAUUACAUCUUUAUUCAGUAGACAACUUGGCCUGAAGAAUUUAUUUUCCUGACAUAUGAAAAUCCUGAAGUAGGUCCCUUUUAAAAUAACACUAAUAUUAGGGAAUAGUACUAAUUCAUUUUGUAGGGUAACGUACAGUAUACUUUUAAUGUAUGCAGCUGUGUUUCAAAGAACAUGAUCUUAGAAACAAUGGGAUAAUACUAUAUUUUGCAAAUUCUUACAUUAAAUCAGAAAUAAGACUUAAAGAAAAGUUAAAAUCUUAAAAAAACACUAACACUCAUAUGUAAAUGUGCAAAACAUGUCUUAAUUUCUUUGCCCAAAAUGCCAUGGACCACUAACCCAUAAUGGCCUAUAAAACUUUGGUCUCAGAAGAAAAGCAUAUCCUUUUACAGACAGGAAAUAAAAUUAUUGGUAUGUAAAAAUACUCCUGGUGUGGGAUGGGGUUGGGGUCUCUGAUGCAUAUACUUUAUUCCAUUAAGUACUCUUAACAGUAAUUCUGCAUGCUUUUGUUAAAAGAAAAAAAAGAAAUAAUAUAUGUGAAAGCACUUUGGAAAUAAAUGCGCUACAUAAGUGCAAGGUAUUAUUGUUAUAGCCACUAUGAAGGAGAAUUCCUUAUAAUUCCAAAAUGACCAAACAUUUUAAAAUUUGCAGAUAAAUAACUCUUAAAAAAGGAUAGGGAUACAUUCUAAGCCUCAGUUUGGAAAAGAAUCUUGUGGUUAAGUCUAAAACUAUUGAAAAUAAGAGGUUAUGGUACAGUAUUGAUUAUUUCUUUUCAGAUUAGAAUUCUGUUAGUAUUUUAUUAAUAAUAAUAGCUUUCAUUUAUAUAGCGCUUGGUUACAAAGCACUUUACAUACAUUAUAAGAGUUUUAGAAUACAAUUAUAAUUUAACUCAAAAUUAUAUGGAAAUUUAUUGCUAGCAGAAUUUUGUAUGAUAUAAGAAAUGCCUUUUCUGCCAAAAUAUAUUCUUGCCCAUUUUGCAGAUUACACAUUGAAUCCUGAUAGAGAAUGUGUAAUUAUUUUGUAUGUUUUAUUGAGAAUAUACAUGAAAACUUUUAAUAGUAAAAAGUUGAGUGCCACUGUCAUGAAUAGUUAGUUAACUUUGUUCUUGUCCAAUCAUAGAGCUUUCUGUUGUUAACUCUGGUAAGAUACACAAAGUACAUGGACUAUGUGAUGUAAAAGAUUGUUUUGCAUUUGUGCAUUUAAGUCCUUAAUGUAAAUAGGGCUCUGAAUCAGGGUAACACUUUUUUUUUUAUAAAGAUCAACUAUAUUUAAGUAAACAUUGAAAUAAUUAUAUAUUUUCUUUUAAAACCAGUAUAAAAACUAACAGUGUACUAUUUUUUUAAAGAAAGACAUUUGAAGGGUAAGUCUUGGUAAAUUUUUGUUUUCAAAGAUGUCCAGAUAACAAAAUUUAUUGUGUGUUGAACAUUGCCUAUAUUUUUUGUACAUGUUAGAAACCUUUUCUGGGAAUGCUCAAGAAAUCUGAGAAUUACGACAACCAAAGUACAUUUUAAAGUUGGUUUGACAGUAAAGGAGCUAGUAACUUUAAAAACAAAAACAACAGCAGCAGCUUAGGAAAUAUGGCGUUGUGAACAUUGAUGGUGUGAAAAAUACUGAUACACUAAGAGAAAUAAUUUAAAAAAAGAAUAGAGUAUUCUUGCCCUAGUCAAACCAAGUAAAGUUAGUAAUUUGUAAUGUUUCAUUUCAUUUAUCCAUAAUAAAUGGCUCACUCUAACAACAAUUGGUUUCACAAUUGAAAAUAUCCUGCAUCAGGGUACCAUAUAAUACUAUGUGGGAUAUUAUAAAAUUGUCAUUUAGCAUCGAUUCACACAUCCAUGCAGCGCCUUUGGCCCUAGCAGUAGUUGUCUUUAAAGUUUAGGACUCUGGGGGUCUGAGGUUUCCUAAAGUGAGCAAUUUCUAUUCCCACUCUUACAUAGGAGAAAUAAUUAGGAGAAAAAUAGAUUAAAAUCCAUUCAAGAAAAGAGUUAAAAAUUGGAAAACAUCCAAUAUAAAUGUUUUGGGAAUUUGGUACUAAAAUGCAACUUAGGAAAAUAGGGGUGAUGUUUAAUACUUCAUUUAGAUAUUAGAAUAAUAGCGUAUUUAUCAAGCUGUGCCUUGAAGUAUUCAUGAAUCUGUGUGUAUAUAGUACAUAUGUAAGUAUAUGUAUGUGUGUUUGUAAAU